GUUCUCAAAAAGACAAGCUCGUGCACCGGAAAUAAUGAAUGAAGUUAAUUCCUACAGAGACCCACUAAUGUAUAAUGAGUGGCCCGUGUACACCGCUAUACCAAGAGCUGCACCCAGGUUUAGAUACCAGUAUACCUCGAUUCCUCGGGAAGCUUACGGUCGAGUUGUUACAAAAGCUCCACCAAACGUAGUACGUACUCCGGAUUAUGACGAGAUGUUUGGAAUGUUAAAUGUUCCGCACACGUCUGGCAAAAUACUGCGAUACCCGGGCCCGUCGAGACCACGUGGACAACCUACUUUUUUGGUUCCACCACAAAGAGAUCGAUUUGAAGCCUUGAAGAAGCUGAUACGACAGGAACAUGUUCGUGAGUUACAGAGGAAAUAUGAAACUGAACAGAAGCAAGAACUCAAAGAACUGGCAGCUGGUCGUGGAAAUGAGGACUUCGUGUAUGGUAAUUAUGGCGAAGCGGAACCCCGAGGCUUACAGCCCUUGCAGGUAGAAUAUCCCGCCGAUGACAGCACUAGACACUCCAAAAAACCUCCCAGUGGAAGCCGCCAGGUAUCCCAGUUCUCGCGCUAUUCUGAUGUAAUGUUGCCACCGGUCCGUCGCACCUACUACCACCCUUACUUCGACUACCCGACUCCCGAGUUCGUUCCUUACGUCUAUUGA